CACAAGCACGGCCACAAGGAGGAGCAUCACCACGGCCACCACGAGGACCAUCAUCAUCACCAUCACCAGGACCACAAGCAUCACCAUCACGAGGAGCACAAGCACGGCCACGAGCAUAAAGAAGAACACAAGCAUGGCCACGAUCACAAGCAUCACCACGACCACCACGAAGGACACCAUCACGAUGAGCAUCACAAACACCACGCGUCUCACGAGCACAAGCACGGCCACUCCCACGAGGAACAUCACAAACACUUCGACGACCAUCACCAUAAUCAUCACCACGACAGCAAUCACAAGCACGAGGAGGCCCACCAGCACUCCGCCUUCGAGCAGCACGGACACUACAAAGGCCUGGGCCAUUACUUCGACGCGUCGCAGAAUCACGAGGAGUACGUGUUCCCGGAGGAGAGCGAGACGGUGGUGGUGACGCCGCAAGUGGAGGACAUUCUGAAGAUCAAGAAGGAACCGGAAGCGGAGAAGACCACCGAGCAAACGACGACGGAGGAUCACGCGUAG